UAGUAUCUUCUGUCUGCGUAAUGGCAUAUAAUUUUUCUUUGAUAAGCAAUCUCUCUCGGUAAACUCUAUCUCAGCACUGGAAUACUUAACGCUGGUUUGACGCAGUUCCUAUACGUACAGUCCUUGCGGAAUUCAAAGAAGUGAUUAGAAAAAUGGAGAAGAUUGGGAAAAGAUUUGAAGGGAAGGUGGCCAUCGUCACGGCAUCCACUCAGGGCAUUGGUUUCGGCAUAGCCGAGCGCCUAGGCUUGGAAGGCGGCGCCGUUGUUAUUUCCUCUCGCCGGCAGAAAAACGUUGAUGAAGCAGUGCAAAAGCUUAAGAGUAGAGGAAUUGAGGCGCUGGGGCUGGUAUGCCACGUUUCAAAUGCACAGCAAAGAAAGGAUCUGAUAAAGAAAACCAUUGAGAAAUAUGGGAAAAUAGACGUAAUUGUAUGCAAUGCUGCUGCAAACCCUUCUGUUGACGGCAUCUUGGGAACUAAUGAAUCAGUACUUGACAAACUAUGGGAGAUCAAUGUGAAAACUUCAGUUCUUCUUCUACAAGAAGCAGCUCCUCACUUACAGAAAGGUUCUUCAGUCAUAUUUGUGUCUUCUAUAGCUGGCUACCACCCACCUCAAGGUUUGGCUAUGUAUGGUGUCACCAAAACAGCUCUUCUUGGGCUCACAAAGGCACUCGCGGCUGAAAUGGCCCCGGAUACUCGUGUGAACUGUGUUGCUCCUGGUUUUGUUCCGACUCACUUUGCGUCUUUUCUUACAACGAAUGAGAGCAUGAGGAAAAGCCUCGAGGAGAAAACCCUACUCAAUAGACUUGGGACUACGCAAGAUAUGGCUGCAGCAGUGGCUUAUUUGGCUUCCGAUGAUGCUUCUUAUGUAACUGGAGAAACAUUGAUAGUAGCAGGAGGAAUGCAAUCCAGACUCUAAUUUAUCUCUGUUUUCUAUAUGUUCGAGUUCCGUUGCCAACUUUUUAAUAGUGAUCUUGUAGUAAUUAGUUCUUACAAGAAUCCAGAACUAUGAUGGAUUUGCUUCUUGAGGUGCCAUGAAGAUGGAAUAAAGUGUGACGUGAUCUAUUUCUCA